AUGCCUCCAAAAUAUAGUAACAACUCCUAUCGAAAUUCGAAUAAUAGGAACAGUCAUCAUCAUACACCAUCAACAACAACACCAAUCACUCCAACACCUUCAUCUGGAGUACCUAUUUCUAAUAAAACACCAACACAAACAACAACUGAUCCAUCUCGUAUCAUUCCACAACCGCGUAGACGAAGAUCAAGUGUUAAUCGUGAGCAACAAUCUUCUCCUUCAGGAGAAUUAGAACAUACAACAACAACAACAAGUCCAAAUACAACCAAUGGUUCUAACAAUCAUUCAACAACAGUACAUAAUAAUAAUACAACAAGUACUCAAAAUAAUUUAGAUGAUGAUUGCGAAAAUCAAGCAGGACUUGCUACUAAUGCUAUUGAAAAAAUCUUUAGUACCACUCUUCAAUUUAAUGCAGAAUCUAUUCUUUCUGCUGUUGAUUUGCUUCAACAAAGAAGAGAAGAACAAUAUCCAAAUGAAAAGAGAAAGAGAUUUACCAUUAGAGAAAUUCUCGAAGUUGGUACAAAAAAUCCAAUUUGUAAUGAUAGACACAAUGAUUUACCAGAUCUUGACUAUAGAAAAUUAGAUUGGGGAAUUACUCCUGUUCCACCAAAAGCAGCAGAACUAGCAAAAAGACCAUCAAGACAAUCCUCUGGUAUCAAUCAAAAUGAAUCUCUAUUCGGAAGCAAACCAUUCUCAGGAAGAGGAAGAUCACUCAGCAGAGAAAAUAAUGCUAUUCCUUCCAAUAAUACAUCUAAUACAUCGUCUUCAACAAUAACAAAUUCUUCAUCAGGUAGCAGUAGAUUUGCCUCAUCUGCUAUUACUAAUAGUAGUAGCACUGUUAUGAGAACAAGUGGAAAAGGAGCACUUUGGUUUGACCCUGGUAUUGAUACAAAGGAAAAUAAUCCUCUUGAAUUAACCAAUGAGGAAAUUGAAAGAAAGAAAGCCUUUGAAGAGUUUAGAAAGAUUAACCAUGCUACAGUAGGAGCAGGUUCCUUCUUUGACUUUGGAGGAGAGGAAGGAGAGUCUCUUGAAUCUGGACUUCAUAGCUUUGAUGAUGAAUUACUUGAUGAAUCCCUUGAACCAACUUCUAUGGAUGAAAUGGGCGGAAGUAAUGCUAGUGACUUGGAGAAUUACUUUAAUACACUCAGCACUGGAGGUCAUCAAACACAGUUUGGUGGAAUUGGAGCAUCCCACUUUACUGAAGCUUCCCUCUAUCCAAAAGAACAACAAUUGAAUGAAAUUGAAGAUGAAUUUAUUAGUCUUCCAACACCAAAAUCAAUGAUUCCAUCCCAAAAGAGAGACAAGCCACUAUUUGCUCUUGAUGAUUCCUUGAAUAAGGAACCAGUCAAACCUGUACACAAAGGAGAUCCUGUCAUUUCCUCAGUACUUCAAAAUAAGUCUGGAAAGUCUAGAUUUGGUUUUGGAGACGGAUUUGAAUCUGAUAUUCAACCACAACAACAUUCACAACCUCUUCCAUUCACAACAAACAAUGGUGGAGCAAGCAAAUUCUUAAAUAUCAAUAAUCAACAAACUGGCUUGAAUGUUGAAGAUCAAGCUAUUUUACCAAUCCAUCAUCAAACUCAUACAGGAGGUGGAGCAACUAUUAAUGUAACAGCACUAUUUGGAGGCUCAUCAGCAAUGCCAAGUCGUAAACAAUCAAAUCCUCCUAUUCAUCAUCAUGAAGCUUUCAAUAAUUUUGCACCUACAACAAUUGAAAAGCAUCCAGAAGAGGAAAUUAAUCAUAACAUUCACUUGGAACAAUUCCCAGUUAUUGAUGCAUCAAAUCAAAUUUCAAUGAUGAGUGCCGAAGAUUUAGAACUUCAAUUCCUUAAAUCAUUAAAUGAUACAAACCAACCAUCAAUGCAAGAGUCUCAAGUACCUGAAGCAAACAAGAUUAAUCAACUUUUUAAACCAAUUUCAAAUGAACAAAAUGUUGCACAUCAAGAAGCUACCACUCAACAACCAACUUCACAAUUUGUUUCUCCAUUCCAAAAAUAUCAAGAACAAAAACAAAAUGAAAAGUCAGAAACUAAAUUACCUGAAGAUUUAUCCCUCACUCCUUCAAAACAAUCAUCAGUUUCCAAGACCAGUGCAACUUCACCAGCAUCGGCUGCCCAAAGAAAACUUUCAAAGACAUCAGCUAAUUCUCCAUUUGUUCCAUCACAUUUGAUGAAAAAGAUGGGUACCAAUACUGAAAAGAAGAUUAAGCUUAAGGUUAACACUCCAGUUACAAAUACAGCAGCUGCAACCAAAACAGCAACAUCUCAACCAAGUAAUGUUACAACAUCAACAAAUAAUGGUUCAUCUAAUGUUACCACAUCAACAGCUAAUGUUGCAUCUGUACCUGUACAACCAACUGUAGAAACUCAACAAUCACCAAUGAUUAAUCAACAACAAAUGCCAAUCAUUCCUCAAAAUGAAUUUUUAUCACAAAAUAAUAUGGUACAUUUGAAUCCAAACUUACUUCCACCAAAUGGAAAUCAACCUCCAGUUUCUCCAACCAUUCCAAUGAAUAUGGGAAUGCCUAUUAGCCCUCUCAUGAAUCAAAAUCAACCUCCAAUUAGAAUUUUGCAAAAGCCACCAACAGGUUUUGUGCCAUCCCAACCAUAUCCAAACAGUCCAACUGCUUUCAUUCCAUUUAGUCCCCAAGGCCAUCCAGUUCAUCCUGGAAUUCCUGCUGGUUUUAUUCCACCAAAUGGUAAUAUGUUCCCAAAUGGAUUCAUUCCAAACAAUGGCAUGUUCCCACCACAUCCAAACAUGUUCAUGGGUAAUCAACAACAAGAUUUCUCUUCUCAAGCUCUUUCUCUCGAAGAUUUGGAAAAAGAACUCAUGAAUCAAAAGUAA